AUGUCGACCACCGCUGUAUACACCCACGGGCAUCACGAGUCUGUCUUGCGCUCCCACUCCUGGCGCACCGCAACCAACUCGGCCGGGUAUCUUCUCUCAUCUCUCCAACCACACAUGCACAUUCUGGAUGUAGGCUGCGGUCCCGGAACCAUAACCAUCGAUUUCGCCACGUUGGUUCCCCAGGGACAAGUCACCGGCCUGGAACCGACUCCAGGCAUUCUAGAGCAGGCCCGUGCCAAUGCAUCCCAGCGAGGCGUGGACAAUGUUCGCUUUGUCGUCGGCAGCGCAUACGCGCUCGACUUUCCGGAUGCCACCUUCGACAUCGUGCACGCCCAUCAACUGCUGCAGCAUUUGGGUGAUCCCAUCCAAGCCCUUCGUGAGAUGCGUCGCGUCACCAAGCCGGGCGGCUUUGUCGCAGUGCGCGAGGCAGAUUUCUCAGCCAUGACAUGGUAUCCCGAAGUGGAAGGGCUGAACGAAUGGCGGGAGCUUUACUUCAAAGUUGCCCGCGCUAAUGGCGGCGAGCCCAAUGCCGGUCGACGGCUUGUUGCGUGGGCGCUCCAAGCAGGUUUCGACAGAGCCAGCAUCACGACGACCGCUGGAACUUGGUGCUACAGCACUCCCGAAGAGCGCGCCUGGUGGAGUGGGAUGUGGGCGGACCGCACUGCUCAGUCGGCCUUUGCAAUGGGGGCAAUAGACCAUGGUUUUGCCGACAAAAAUGAGCUUGCUCGCUUCGUGCAAAUCUGGAGGGAGUGGGGUACCAAAGACGAUGGUUGGUUUGCUCUCCUUCACGGAGAGAUCAUCUGUCACGUCGUUUAG